UACGCUUGGGUACAGCCAGGCACAGGGUAGAAAGCGCUUCUUAGCCGCCGAAGGUGGAUGCGGUCCCCUUUGCGGCCGCUUACACUUGUGUAAGCGCCGGUUCCUUGUCUUCACAGCCGCCUGGGUCAUAUACCUACCUAGGUAUACAACCAACAGAAUCUCAUAUGCAAACACGGAUAGCCAAUCAAAUAAACCCUUGCAUAAUUUGAUAUGAAGAAUUCUACGGCAAGGCUGAAUAUUGAAAGUUACCUAUGCUAGAAGAACCUUCCUCUGGGUCACACCGCGAGGCCUGUGAACACACCCAACAUCCUUUUGUUGGCGUUUCCACCAUGGUUUCAGUUGGACAUAAUGCAUCCAUUUGGAUCUAUCAUUAGCCUGGAUACCAGGGAGUUUGACCCCUCAGAGUGAUCCAUACCCUCACCAGAACCAUAACAUACUAUGAUGGCAAAGAAUAUAAGCUGGGCACAGCCGCUCAGAUUAACUAGGCGUAUUGAAUCAUUAGUCAAUCCUAUCGAUCUCCUGUGAAUUUCAAUUUUCUUACCUUGGUUCAAUUGCAUUACCCACCUCCCUCUAGAGAAGUCCGCAGAACCGUUACAAAAUGGCUACAGCAUCCAAUUCCAGGAGCUCCAACUCAGCUCCACCAGGUCAUACUCCCGCCAGACGUACGCCCACAAAUUCCUCUUACUACGACUUUAAUGGAGUUCCCUACCACGAGAAGAACCCAAAUUCUGCCACAUGGAUGUACGCAAGGGACGCCAGAGCGCAACAGGCAGGUUUGCCCCCAGGAAGGCAGCCGGGCCGGAAAUACCCAUCUCCCUUCGGAAAUGGAGAGAAACUCGCGCUUACGACCCCCGGAUCGGCUCUGAGUCCUGAUGGUCCCACUCAAUGGCUUCACCAUCCACUUAUACCGGGAACGACAACUACCUGUACUGGUAAAGGUAGAAAACACCUAGGUGGUGUUCGAAGUGUGUAUACGGCUAAUGAUCCUAAUACAUUCGAUGUUAUGUAUCACAAUAGGAAUGCUGGACUUUCGGCCAAUGGUAAUGGUAACUUUGAAAUGUCGAAAUACCACCCAGCCGCCGAGGGACAAGGCCGCCCGUAGUGGUGUUGAUGAACUAAGACAGGCCGUCGCUUGGUUGUAACUAUUGUAUUGUUUACAGGAUUGGGAAGAGAAGAAGUGUUUGGGUUUCUUUUUGGAAUGAUCGGUAUUUUUUCUAGCGUUUCAGGCAGGCCUUUGUCCGGGGAAUGAUCUUAUAAAUAUAAUAAUUUGUAUUAUCGUACGGUCCGCCAUUGUGAAAUGACUGAAUAGAUUAAAUAGAUCAUAGAGUCACAAGUCAAACGGGCUUUGCAUAAACAAGACCUAAAUAUUUUUGAUUCAUUCAACGAGUGGGCGAUCCGUUCUAUGAGAGGGCUGACGGUAGUUAGUUU